AGUUUGCAUUCAAUUUAGAUCCAAUAUAAACGAGUAACAAAUGAGAACCUUAUCAGUUGAGUUAAUUCUAAAAAAAUUGGGUAAAAAUGGAAAUAUUGACUUUUUUGAUUUCUUUCACAUUUCUCAGUUUGGUGGUGGCCAGUUCAUUGGACCCCGAAAUGGUGAAAAAAAUUCACGGUGAAUGUUUUGAAAUUAGUCAUUUGCCUAGAGAUAGCUUGGAUAAGAUAAGAGCUGGCCAAGUUGACCUAACCGAUUUGGCUGUGAAAGAGCACUUAUUCUGCUACACUAAGAAAGUUGGAUUUGUAAAUGAUGCAGGUAUUCUGAAUGACGACUUGAUCAAGAAAAGAUUGGCACUUCAGAUAAAAGAUGAAAAUAAGGUUGAGGAGUAUGCGAAAAUCUGUAAUGCACCAAAGAAAGAGGGGGAAGAAGUAAAUUAUUUCGCUGCCAAAGUGGUUGCUUGUUAUUACAAUAGCUUUCCUGGUAUUGUCAUAAUGAGUUCGAAAAAAAAUCUUGUGUUGAUAGUUUUCAUGGAUUUUCAUAUUUUCAAAGAGAACGAUCUAAUGGAAAUCACCUACCACAUGAUUCUAAAAACGAAUUCAAACAAAAUGAAAUUUCUUGUGGUAGCAGCUUGUGUUUUGUUGACUGUUCAGGCCCUGACAGAUGAACAAAGGGAAAAACUCAAGGAACACAGCACUGCUUGCGCCAAAAGUACAGGGGUUGAUCCAGAAGCGAUCGCAAACGCCAAAAAGGGCACUUUCAGCGAUGACGAAAAAUUCAAGGAUUACCUCUUCUGCGUAUCUAAGAAAAUUGGCUUCCAAAACGAAGCUGGAGAGAUCCAAAAAGACGUCGUUAAACAAAAGGCAACAGUGGCACUGAAAGACGAGAAACUGGUUGAUGAGAUUAUCAAGAAAUGCGCGGUUGUCAAGGAUACGCCUCAAAAUACAGCUUUUGAAGUAGCGAAAUGUUAUUAUGAAAAUAAUGCCAAACACUCUUCCCUGGUCAUUGAGCUGAGAAUGAAAUUUCUUGUGGUAGCAGCUUGUGUUUUGUUAACUGUUCAGGCCUUGACAGAUGAACAAAGGGAAAAAAUCAAGCAACACAGCCCUGCUUGCGCCGCAAGUGUGGAGAUGAAUCAAGAAGCUAUAGAAAACGCCAAAAAAGGCACUUUCGCCGAUGAUGACAAAUUCAAGAAAUACCUCUUCUGCAUGUCUAAGAAAAUUGGCUCCCAAAACGAAGCUGGGGAGAUUCAAAAGGACGUCAUGAAGCAAAAGGCAACUGUGGAACUGAAAGACGAGAUUAUCAAGAAAUGCGCCAUUGUCGUUGAUACGCCGCAACAUAGAGCUUCUGACAUAGCGAAAUGUUAUUAUGCAAAUGAUCCCAAACACUUUUCCCUGGUCUGAAUGUAUAUGUUCAUAUUAUUAGUUUAUGUGAUGUCUAGAAUAAAGCCUUCUUUUUCCAAGUAA